AUGGAGUUCUUGUUGACUUUGAGAGUUUUUGGAGAGGGCGCUACUAACAUUAAAGCUCAAGAAUUUGUAACAAUUCUUGAACAGCAUGCUCAUAUAGAUAUAGAAGGAUCAAAGCCUGAAUUUACAGAAAAUGAACACGUUAAAAGGUUCCUAGCAUGCUUGGAAUUGGCUCUUCCAUUCUUUGCGAGAGGUGUUGCAAGCUCAAAGUUUGUCAAAUUCUUGACACUUCAACUCAAAACUGCUAAGAAGGAUGAGGUGCUAAAACAUGUGAUUAAGUUAAAGCUGGAUAAAGCUCUUGCUGAGAUUUCCCCAUACGUAAAAACAGAGGAUAUACAAGCGAUGUUUCCCUUGAUAUCUACUGUAUUAUUGGAAACUCUUUAUUCAAAAACAGCUACGGGUAAGCCGCAGACUCAGGAAGAAACCAAAUUACCAGCUGUGGAGUGUCUGAUAUAUGUGCUUCUUACCUUUGCGCAUAAGGCUCCAGAUAUAGCAAGAACGUGUUGCGGGUAUAAGACAAUUGAGUCAGGUGAUUUCGAGAAUUCAGACACUUACCAGGAUUUCUCUAAAAGAUUUACCCGUUUGAAGGAUAUAACCUCUAGAGCAAUGAGGAAGCGUGCUGAAGAGAUGGCUAAGAAAGACAAAGCCAUUUGGCAGUGCGAUUGCCGAAAUGGGACAUGCGGACACUUGGUAUUGGGUAAAGAAGCGCCAUCCUUUAUCGAUACCAAAGAUGUUAAUCUCUCUUGGAAAAAAGCCAAAUAUGAAGCACCACCCUCACAAAGUAAUGACGAGGACGACCCCCAACCACCUCCCAGGGAUACACUUGAUAGUCUUUCCUUCCGUAGAUUGCCUGACAAGUCAAUAUCUGAUGAAGACGCUAAAAUGCUAGCAGAAUUAGAUAAAUUUCCUUACUCAACAGACCAACGAGUAGGUGGAUUUUACUUGCAUGAUAGUGUUGGCGUGGGUUCUCUCUUUUGGGAGAUAAAACAAGAGGAACUAAGGAAAUACGUGGCUCCUUCAACGUGGGGAGAAGCAUUUGGUGAAAUCAGAGAUCAGCUAUAUCACAUGAUAUGUUGGGCGUAUGUCACGGCAGACUUGGUUAGCAUCACUAGGGUGAUCCACGAGUGGGAGAAGGAAUUCAUUCCCCUCUGCCCAUGGUACCUGUAUGCCUACUGCGCUCCACAGCUAAUUCAAAAGGAGAAAGUUAUGAAAAAAGGUUUGAAUGUUGAAUCAGAGGAAGCUGUUGACUCAGAGGAAGCUGUUGACUCAGAGGAAGUUAUGAAAGAAGAGGAGAAAGGUUUAAAGGGUGAAAACAUGUAUCCUCCAUGUGCAUGCUAUGGAUAUUCGCUUAGAGAAGCCUUGGACCACGUGAAGGAAUAUGGUAUUCCUGAAGAAAUUUGCAAGGUGUUUGAUUGCUGUGAUGUUAAACCCCCAACUGCAGAUGAGCCUUGGCUAGAGGAACGGAAAAUUAAAGGCGUUAGAAAGUUGGACUCAUUUGACGAAGCCAUGAGAAUGGUUGCAAAUCAUCCAGUUGGAGCCGACCUUCUCUCCUACGACAACUUGUUUGACGUAGGAAAGUUAAUUUAUCGUGGGCCAGGAGGAGUUGACUACUCGGUUGGGAAAUUUGAUGAGUAUCAUUCAGUCAUAAUUAAGGAAAUCAAGGAAUUCAAUGGAGAGGUUGUAGCAGAGUGUCGAAUGAGCAACGGCACCAACGCCGCGGACAAUUUGGGUUGA